AUGGAGGCUCCUCCAGUGACCACCAUGCCUGUUUCAGGCGGGACCAUCAACAUGAUGGAAUAUCUACUUCAAGGCAGCAUUCUUGAUCAAGGUCUAGAGAGCCUCCUCCAUCGCUUGCGUGGUUUAUGUGACAACAUGGAGCCUGAGACAUUUGCUGACCAUGAGAGUGUGUACUUGCUAAAGGGUCAGCAAGCCAGCCCCUUUGUACUUCGUGCCCGACGGCCUCUUGACCGACCAGGAUCUCCAUGGCACCUCCGCUAUCUUGGACAGCCAGAGGCAGGAGACAGAAGUCGUCACACUUUGGUCAGGAACUGUGUUGAUAUUGCAACCUCAGAAGUCCUGCCUGAAUUUCUACAAGAAAUGGGCUUUAGAAUGGACCAUGAAUUUGUAGCAAAAGGACAUUUGUUUCGUAAAGGAGCCAUGAAAAUAGCUGUGUUCAAAGUGUUUCGUGUUUUAGUGGCAGGAACAGCUGAGGGGGCUGAACCAUUGUCUCUCUCUUAUUUGGUUGAGCUUAGCGUUGUAGCUCCAGCUGGACAAGACAGUGUAGCUGAUGAGGUCAGGAGCUUUGCAGAACAACUAAAACCACUGGUGCAGCUGGAAAAAAUUGAUCCAAAACGUUUGAUGUGA